CUUCCGUCGGUUUUUAAACUAUCUGGAGAGAAGAAGCCUGGAGAAAGAUUUGCAUUUCUCGAACCCUCACCGCUCGCUCUCUCUCUCUCGCUCUCUCUCUCUCUCUCUCUCGCGCGCGCGCUUGCUUGCUCGCAGCUCUUCUUCUAAGAGGGUUCCCUGAUUAAUCCUUAGGUUGUUCCGUUUCGUAAGUUUUUCGUCCCGAUUUCAACGCUUCUUGCCCUCGGAUUAGAAGUUUGGGGUUACCUAUCGAGAGAAACGGAGAAAGAUGGGGCUUACCUUCACGAAGCUCUUCAGCCGUCUUUUUGCGAAGAAGGAGAUGAGGAUCUUGAUGGUCGGGCUUGAUGCGGCUGGUAAAACGACCAUCCUGUACAAGCUCAAGCUUGGAGAGAUCGUCACCACUAUCCCGACAAUCGGAUUCAAUGUGGAGACUGUGGAGUACAAGAACAUUAGCUUCACUGUUUGGGAUGUUGGUGGUCAGGAUAAGAUCAGACCUUUAUGGAGGCACUACUUCCAGAACACUCAGGGCCUUAUCUUCGUUGUUGAUAGCAAUGACAGGGAUCGUAUUGUUGAGGCAAGGGAUGAGCUCCAUCGGAUGCUAAAUGAGGAUGAGUUACGUGAUGCUGUUUUGCUUGUGUUUGCAAACAAACAAGACCUUCCUAAUGCAAUGAAUGCUGCUGAAAUUACUGAUAAGCUUGGCCUUCAUUCUCUGCGUCAACGACACUGGUACAUACAGAGCACCUGUGCAACCUCUGGUGAGGGGUUGUAUGAGGGGCUGGAUUGGCUCUCCAACAACAUUGCCAACAAGGCUUAAAAUUUUCAACGUUGCUGGGCAAAGCGUUUGAAAUAUAAAUCUGGGUUAUAUAUGCUUCUUGCAGUUGUGGUGGGUGUUUGGUGUAUGACAGUCUUUUAGCCAUCAGUUUGUUGGCCAAGGAUGAUUUACCCUCUUUUUUCUAGGUUUCUUUCAUUUUAUUGUACCUUUUGGGAACCUUUCUUUUUCCGUGAGCUUUGUAGUAUUUGACUUAUGCAGUCUGCAGAGUAGUGUUAUAUGUUCUCAUUACAUUUUCAGUGGUUAUCGUACAGGGCUGUGUUCUAUUUUGGGUUCUA